CAUAUGGUACAAAAGUGAAUGAUUUCGCGUCCGCUUCGGUUAACUUUGGUUGGCUGCGAUAGGCUGUGACGUAGUGCUCUCCGAUAUGUUCGCGCACGGGUAUAUAAACCGGGGGCCUCGCUUCUCGCUGACAUUCUGUUGUUUCGCUUGCACUCGUACACACGCUCUCCCAGUCUCGUUCUCUUCAUCACUCGUCAAUAUGGCCGAUAAUGAUACCGCCGCUGCUCCUGCACCCGCUCCAGUCAAGACUCCUAAGAAGAAAGCCGCUGCCAAGCCUAAGGCCCCAGCAGCACAUCCUCAAUACAAGGCUAUGAUUCAAGCCGCCAUUGUAGCGCUGAAAGAACGCGGAGGAUCUUCACGCCAGGCCAUUUUAAAAUACAUUGCUGCCAACUACAAAGUCGGUGACAACCCAACUGCCAUUAACGCUCGUCUGAAGGCCGCUCUUAAAGCUGGUGUAAAGGCUGGAACCUUGAAACACUCUAAGGGUACUGGCGCUGCUGGUUCCUUCCGUCUUGGUGAGAAGAAAGCUGAAAAGAAACCCAAGGCCAAGAAAGUUGCAGUCAAGAAACCCAAAUCUCCAAAGAAGGCUGCCGCUGCUAAGCCCAAGAAAGCUGCAGGUGCCAAGAAAGCUGCCACCAAGUCUCCCAAGAAGGCUGCCAAGAAGCCAGCUGCACCCAAAAAGGCCAAAUCACCCAAGAAGGUAGCAGCUGCCAAACCAAAGAAGCCUAAGACUCCCAAGAAACCAGCUGCAGCUAAACCAAAGGUUGCCAAGAAACCAGCUGCUGCCAAAAAGCCUAAAGCCACAAAGAAAGCUGCAGCUCCCAAAGCAUAAAAACUUGCUCCACUUUGAAGGAGAAAAAAAAAGGUCCUUUUCAGGGCCACCCUCUAAACCAGGUUCUUUUUAGGACCAUAAUCUUUUCAAGAAGAUUAGGCCAUAACUAUAAUAUAACCAAGUUCUCAAGAACUAUAUCUAUUUCAUCUACACAAAAUGUGUAGGUGGAGUCUUGAUUUUACUUUGUCACACAUUCAUACCAAAAUUUGUUUACAAGUGACUUUGCAUUGAUCACUAGGAAAUGAGUUUAUUUCUAAUAAUAAACUUUGUCUCUAACUAGAUGGUAAUUAUCUAGCAUACUAAGAGAAACUAUCCUAAAUAAAUGUGUGUAUGCAGA